CCACAUCUGGAAGCUGCGGGCAAAUGACAUGAACUGAGAGGACGAAGAAAGGGGGGAGUUUUUUUUUUUUUUCUUCUGGUUUUUGUUGGCUUUUCGAUUUAUUUCAUGGUCGUACCGUGAAAGGCGAGAGCGGAUUUCAAAGACGGGCACCCUUUCUGCGCAAGAGCCUCCUCUGGAUUUUUAGGAACCAUGGGCCGGAAAAAGAUCCAGAUCCAAAGGAUUACAGAUGAGCGAAACAGACAGGUGACGUUCACCAAGCGCAAGUUCGGCCUGAUGAAGAAGGCCUACGAGCUGAGCGUCCUGUGCGACUGCGAGAUCGCCCUCAUCAUCUUCAACCACUCAAACAAACUGUUCCAGUAUGCCAGCACCGACAUGGACAAGGUGCUGCUGAAAUACACCGAGUACAACGAGCCUCACGAGAGCCGGACUAACGCCGACAUCAUCGAGGUGAGCGCCGAGCCGGGUGUGUGUGUGUGGUGGAUAGGCAACUGUAGGCCCGGACUUGUUCCUCUGAUGUCCCGGGUCAUGGUGGUCCUUCCUUGGUUCCUCAGCCCCUCUAUGCCUGUAGUAGAAGGGGGAUAA